UUUUAUUAUUUUUAAUUUCAAUUUUUGGAUAACCUAUCCCUUGCGGGUUGUGCUUGGGAUUAAUUAUUCUCUUUGCUACUUGUUGAAUUUUCUUGUGUGUUUGGGCUGUUGGACAGAUGUUUUGUUUGUGCUAUUUUGUUGCUACAGGAUGUUUUGUGUUUGAGUUGUGUAUGGGCUGCUGAAUUUUGUUGCUACAGGAUGCUAUUUAUUUUGGCUUCUACAAGGGUAUUAAUAUCUUUUGUAGCUUUAUACUAUUUUUGCAUAAGAGUAUCCUUAUUGUAUGAUUUUUAACCCUCAGGAUAAAAGAUGGAAAUGCUGAAACACUCUAUCCUAGAUCAUCCUUUGCCAUCAAUUGUACUGGUGAUGUCUGCGAAGGAGAUGUUGUUUUGUUUACACAGAAAGUAUACAAGAAGUUUGGAAAGAGAACUAUUGCUGGGAGAGUUGUUAAGGAAAGCUAUGGUGCUGCCAAACAACAACAUACAUUUACAACAUACUUGGGGAUCCAAAUAUUCAGGUUUUAUUUCAAAUGCACUUAGUACUCUGCUAACGAAAAGGGUUUUGAGUGCCGUGUUAAUGUCUCUGAUCACGUACAGAAUAGCAAGUAGCGUUGGAUCUGGAUCGUUACCAACAGUGAGUCGAAGCAAGCUUAACGACGUAGAGAUGUAG